AGCGCAGCGAGGUUCCCUUUGUUCAGCCAUUUCAGGGGCCGGAGCCAGCCGCGGAGGGAGAGGACGGGCUGCUCCCUCGCCACUCCCCUGCCACCGGGCUCUGGGAUGGUGUGGGCGUUUGGCGGCGUGGAACGCAUCGAGGAAAGGCUGACGGCGGCGCCGGCGGGCCCAAGGCGGCCGGAGGCGUGCCCGACGCAGGCGUGCCCGGCGCUAGGACCCAGGAGGACGGGAGACGGCUCUUGGGGCCAGAUUACAAAUUCGCCGUGACUCAGUCAGCUCGGUGCGGAGCUUAGCGGGCGGCAGCGAGGCGAGAGAGCCAAGAUGGAGUAUGAGUGGAAGCCUGACGAGCAGGGCCUUCAGCAAAUACUGCAGCUGCUUAAGGAGUCCCAGUCCCCGGACACCACCACGCAGAGAGCCGUGCAACAAAAACUAGAACAACUCAAUCAGUAUCCAGAUUUUAACAACUACCUGAUUUUUGUUUUAACGAAGUUGAAGUCUGAAGAUGAACCAACACGUUCCUUGAGUGGUCUUAUCUUGAAGAAUAACGUAAAAGCACAUUUCCACAACUUUCCCAGUGGAGUAACUGACUUCAUUAAAAGCGAAUGUCUGAACAACAUUGGUGAUUCCUCCCCCUUGAUCAGAGCUACAGUGGGCAUUCUGAUAACAACUAUUGCCUCAAAAGGAGAAUUACAGAAUUGGCCCGAACUUUUACCAAAGCUUUGCAGCCUGUUGGAUUCUGAAGAUUACAAUACUUGUGAGGGUGCUUUUGGUGCUCUUCAGAAGAUAUGUGAAGAUUCUGCUGAAAUUUUAGAUAGUGACGUAUUGGACCGACCACUCAAUAUCAUGAUACCGAAGUUCUUGCAGUUCUUCAAGCACAGCAGUCCAAAAAUAAGAUCUCAUGCUGUUGCGUGUGUCAAUCAAUUUAUCAUCAGCAGAACUCAAGCUCUUAUGUUGCACAUAGAUUCUUUUAUUGAGAAUCUUUUUGCACUGGCUGGUGAUGAGGAGCCUGAAGUACGCAAAAAUGUUUGCCGUGCUCUGGUAAUGUUGCUGGAAGUUCGAAUGGAUCGCUUGCUUCCUCAUAUGAUUAGUAUAGUUGAGUACAUGCUUCAAAGGACACAGGACCAAGAUGAAAAUGUCGCUUUGGAGGCUUGUGAGUUUUGGCUGACUUUGGCUGAGCAACCAAUUUGUAAAGAUGUACUAUGUCGGCAUCUUACUAAGCUGAUACCUGUGCUGGUAAAUGGUAUGAAAUACUCGGAGAUUGAUAUUAUUCUCUUAAAGGGGGAUGUUGAAGAAGAUGAAGCUAUUCCAGAUAGUGAACAGGACAUAAGACCUCGUUUUCAUCGUUCACGGACAGUAGCCCAGCAACACGAAGAAGAUGGUAUUGAAGAUGAUGAUGACGAUGAUGAUGAACUUGAUGAUGAUGAUACUAUUUCUGACUGGAAUUUAAGGAAAUGUUCUGCUGCUGCUCUGGACGUGCUCGCCAAUGUAUUUCGUGAUGAACUUCUGCCACACAUCUUGCCCCUCUUGAAGGAAUUGCUCUUCCAUCCUGAAUGGGUAGUUAAAGAAUCCGGUAUCCUUGUUCUUGGGGCAAUUGCUGAAGGCUGCAUGCAGGGUAUGAUUCCAUAUCUUCCUGAACUGAUCCCUCACCUUAUUCAGUGCCUCUCUGACAAAAAGGCUCUUGUGCGCUCCAUUACAUGCUGGACUCUUAGUCGCUAUGCACACUGGGUAGUUAGUCAACCCCCAGACACAUACUUGAAGCCAUUAAUGACUGAGUUGCUAAAGCGUAUCCUGGAUAGCAACAAGAGAGUACAAGAAGCUGCCUGCAGUGCCUUUGCUACUCUAGAAGAGGAGGCUUGUACAGAACUUGUUCCUUAUCUUGCAUAUAUACUUGACACUUUGGUCUUCGCAUUUAGUAAAUACCAGCAUAAAAACCUACUCAUUCUUUAUGAUGCUAUAGGAACUCUAGCAGAUUCUGUAGGACAUCAUCUAAAUAAACCAGAAUAUAUUCAGAUGCUAAUGCCUCCAUUAAUCCAGAAGUGGAACAUGUUGAAGGAUGAAGAUAAAGAUCUUUUCCCUUUAUUAGAGUGCCUGUCAUCGGUUGCUACUGCCUUGCAGUCUGGCUUUCUUCCAUACUGUGAACCUGUGUACCAGCGUUGUGUAAAUCUGGUGCAGAAAACCCUUGCACAAGCCAUGUUGCAUAAUGCUCAGCCAGACCAAUACGAAGCUCCAGAUAAAGAUUUCAUGAUUGUGGCUCUUGAUUUACUCAGUGGUUUAGCUGAAGGUCUUGGAGGCAACAUUGAACAGCUUGUCGCUCGCAGCAAUAUCCUGACAUUAAUGUACCAGUGCAUGCAGGAUAAAAUGCCUGAGGUACGGCAGAGUUCUUUUGCAUUGUUAGGUGAUCUGACAAAGGCGUGUUUUCAGCAUGUUAAGCCUUGCAUCGCUGAUUUCAUGCCAAUUUUGGGAACCAACCUAAAUCCUGAAUUCAUUUCUGUCUGUAACAAUGCCACCUGGGCAAUUGGAGAAAUCUCCAUCCAGAUGGGUAUAGAGAUGCAGCCUUAUAUUCCAAUGGUGUUGCACCAGCUUGUAGAAAUAAUUAACAGACCCAACACACCAAAGACGUUGUUAGAGAACACAGCAAUAACAAUUGGUCGUCUUGGUUACGUUUGUCCUCAAGAGGUGGCCCCCAUGCUACAGCAGUUUAUAAGACCCUGGUGCACCUCUCUGCGAAACAUAAGAGACAAUGAGGAAAAAGAUUCAGCGUUCCGUGGGAUUUGUACCAUGAUCUCGGUCAACCCUAGUGGAGUAGUCCAAGACUUUAUUUUUUUUUGUGAUGCUGUUGCAUCAUGGAUUAGCCCAAAAGAUGAUCUUCGAGACAUGUUCUGUAAGAUUCUUCAUGGAUUUAAAAAUCAAGUUGGGGAUGAAAAUUGGAGGCGUUUCUCUGACCAGUUUCCUCUGCCCUUAAAAGAGCGCCUUGCAGCUUACUAUGGAGUUUAACCUUGUGCACUGUAGCUGCAGUCCCAUAAUUAGAGGUCCUUCAGUCUGGGAGACUAUGGGGGAGCCUCUGCACCCAGGGAAAAUGUUACCCUUUACUGGGGGGAAGGGUAAACCAGUAGGGAAUACAGUACAAUCCCAAGCCUACUGGGAGGGGCGGGAGGGAGGUGUUGCCGUCACUGUAUUAAGUCGAUGUUGGGAAAUGUUUUAACAUCUGGAGCCUUUGUGGGUGGAAAUCUGUCUCCUAUUACAACUCUGCACUGGAUGUGAAGAAGGAAAAAAAAAUAGUCAUAAAACAGCACAUUCUGGAAUAUUGUGGGGAAUAGUAACAAAAUAAGAACCGUAUAAUUGAAUCAUAGGGAUACGUAAAGAGGAAUACUAUUUUGCGCACAAAAAAGGAAACCUAAGGAUGGGGGGUCACAAACAGUAAAAGGCUUUUUUUCUUUUUUUUUUUUUAAGGGUUUUCUACAUUAUUUCAUCCUGCUUGAGGGGAUUCCUAGGUAUUUGCAUGUUAAUGAAGAACUACACAUUGAAGUUAGUACAGUUAAAAUGCAGCUUGUGUCUGCAUUAGGAGCAGGCGCUUGCAGCGUCCAGUAUAGAAACCUCACUGUAAAUUAUUAAAGGUUAACUUGGACAAAAUGAAGCAACCUGCAAGCUGCCAAAUAAGUCACUCCUUUCAUUCUGGGGGUAAGGGGAGGGACACUUCAAAGAAAAGAUUGACAUCUUAAUUUUUACAUUAAAAUAAUAAAGUAGUGGAUAUGAUUUGAUUAUUGUACUUCAUUAGAUUUAAUUUCUAGAGUAAGGCAUUAUUCUUAACGUGCAGUUUAAGGUUCAGGCAUGCGUUCUGGCUCAUAGUGAUCAGAAGUAACUUAAAUUAGUGGGAAAGUAGCAUGCUUGCAUCACAUAGAGUGAAAUUGGUAUACAUUUACCUAUGUUGCGCCAGUUUUGUGUUGCAGUUUACCAAUUCAAUAUAGCCCUGCAUUUAAAAUUCCUUUUUGAGAUUCUGUGGAUUUUAUUUUUAUUAAGAAUAUAGAUAUAAAGUACUGUAGUUAACAAUUAGGCCUUGAAAUACCUUUUUAGGAUCUGUUAAGAGUAAGAUUGAUAUUGUAUUGUGUGUAACCUGCACAAUGUGGAAAGCUGAUAUAGCUGUGCAAAAUACUUGCCUCUGUGCUGUCAGUGUGAUGUGCUUUCUGCAUGGUUAUAUACUAGUGAUUUUCUCAGAAUCUCUAAAAAUGAGUUAUGUGGUAAGACCUGUUAAAGGCUGCAUAAAUGUUAGUUGGCACGUAAAGGCAAUUGUAGAAGUUGAUAACAUGGUUGCUAUAUUUAUGUUUAUUCCCACUCAACAUAUUACCUUCUACGCUUUCUUUUUGUUCAAAGCAUGAUCUUAAAAGAGAUGUUUAAGUUAAUGGAUGUAAUGCAGGGUAUCUACACUGUAUUGGCGCAUGUUGGUGGCCCUUUGUGAUGUAGUUAAAUGCACAAGGGUGCAAGUUUAAAGCUACGGAGCAAAAGUUGGUUUGGAUCCUAUUCAUUUCAUUUGUUAAGCUUUUCUGUUGUGGGGAUUUUUUUGGUGUGUGUGUGUUUUUUGUUUUUUUACUUUCUUAGGUUUUGUUUUGGUUUUACUUUGUUUUGGUUUUUUGUUCGUUUGUUUUGUUGUUUUUUUUUGUUGUUGUUUUUGGUCUUUUCCUCUACUUGUAUUCCUGUGAAUAAAUCCUUGUUAAGUUAACCCUUUA